CCCGCCGGGCUCAGACCGGAGGAGGCGGCGGCGGGAGCGGCGGGGUCGGGCAGUGCCGGGCAGCGUUCCCGCAGCCUCCGCCGGUGCCGUUCGGUCGCUCUGCUCGUGGGGCAGCGCCGUGCGCUUGGGUGCCCCUCCCGCCACCCCCACCCCCCCAUCCCCGAGGGCGCGGGGCAGCCUCCGCCGGGACUUCAUGUCUGUGCUGUGUCCCCUGCCCUGCUCUGAUUAUCUGAGAUCAGCUGAAAUGACUGAAGUGAUGAUGAACACCCCAGCUAUGGAUGAGAUUGGGCUAAGCCCCCGCAAGGAUGGCCUGUCGUAUCAGAUCUUCCCUGAUCCCUCGGACUUCGACCGUUACUGUAAGCUGAAGGACCGCCUGCCCUCAAUCGUGGUAGAGCCGACGGAGGGUGAUGUGGAGAGCGGUGAGCUGAGAUGGCCACCCGAAGAGUUCCUUGUGCAGGAGGAGGAGGAGGAAGAGGAGGAGGAAAACUGUGAAGAUGUAAAGAAGGACAACAAGGAGCAAUAAAUGGCAUCUGAGGAAAGGCAAGGGACUGCACCCUUCUGAAGGAAGAGCCACAAUUCUUUUGAAAGUCUUUUUAAAAAAAAAAAGACAAGUUCAAUUUUGCACCUGCGAGAUCUUAGUUUUCUUGUAUUCUCUGUAUCGAGAACUGAAGCCCUCGGUGUCACCAGACCUCCUGAGGAAGGAAGGAAGUAACGCAGAGAAAUGUUUGCUGUUCUCGAGAUCAUUAUCUGUAUUUUUCCGAGGCGGAGGCAGCAGUGAAAUUCCAAGCACAUGGCAGAGGGUGACCACGCGAGGACCGCUGGAGGGGGGAGCUCGGGGAGGGGGAGGAAAGUCGGAGGCAGCAGCGUUUGGCCGGGAGCUGCCUCCAGCUAAAAGUGUGAGAACAGAGCUGUAAUCUCUCAGAUUUGCCUUUCUUACAGCUUCCAUUUUGUGUGUCGGGGGGUGGAAGGGUGUCCGUAGCAAAGCAUGGCAAAUGCUCUACUGACGAGGGGUCUGUAGCUCUCCCUGGUUCGGCACCUCCUAGGGUAACAUGAGUGUCCAUAGGAGUAGUUGGGUUUCUUGCUCUCACUGUUGAGCCUGUUUUCCAGCCACUUUUCCCAAAGCUGUUUUCUCCCCCUCUGUUUGCCUUUAGAUUCUUCAAUGCUGAACAGCUGUAUUUGCAGGAUAAUGUUAGGCUGCUGCUUGUCAUCUCUACUGCGAGGCCCUAGUUUAUCUUGCAGGUGGUUAGCGUGAGGUAAUGCGCAUCGGAUGUAAAGACGCUUCUGUCUGCAGCAAGAGCUUACGUAGGUUUGAACACCUCGGAUUUUUCUCUUCUAUUUGCCGAGGCCGUUGUGGUCAGUCUCGUCUCGUACAGCGCCCAAAGCCAGAGGGUGGAGGUUACGCCUCCUUACCUUGGUGUCCUUGAGGCUGUAGGGUUUCAUGUCUCCAACUUGCUCGUCAACGGGCUUGAGAGGGCUGGGAUGGGGCAUCUCCUCCAGCUUUGCACUGCAAGGCUUCCUCAGUGCGGGACAGGCUGGUAGGGGUGUGCGUGGUGGGGAGUGCUGCCAGACCUGGAGGUAAUCCAAAGAUGAAACACCAGAUCUAGUGUGGAUCACCAGUGGGAAGGGGGGGUUUGUGGGAGGGGUCUGUUGGGAGAGGAUUAGCCUGGAUGUCCUGAGACAAGAGGUUUUUCCGCUUCAUAGCGAGGGCAACACAUUCAUGGGUGUUUAAUGAAGUGCAGACUGGCUUGCAAAGUCUGUGGUUGUGUCCUCUUCACCAUAUCCUGCUUCAAGGAGAAGUCAUCUGUCUCUGUUUGGGGAGGAGGCCAGUCUGCUGCCAGACAGGGUAACCUGCUGCUUUCCUGGAAAGUGAUGAUCUCGCAGCUUUGGGAACCAGCUCGGGAGCCAGUCGGUCUUGGGAUAGCAUGAGAACAGUUACCACCUAAACCAAAUCUGGGUUCAUGGAAGAGAAAAAGAAAUGUCAAGGCCUUAACCAAACUUUCAUAAUAAUCCCAAUGCCACCCCCCUUUGCUUAUAACUGGUUCCAUUUUUAAAAUCUAUUUGGACAUGUGUGUAUUUGUAUUUUUAAUACCUCAUGAGUAGUUAAACGCUGUUGGGGGUUGGGAACUGCUUUUAACAUAUUGGCAGGAUUGUUUUAGUCUUGUCUUGCUUGUGUUUAAACAUAAUGGCAAUAAUUUAUCAGCUCUGCAUAACUGUUUCAGACAGACAGGAGUUUGGAGAUGAGUUAGCACAAAGCAGGAGAAAUUCAGUGUUCCUACACUGCAGCUGGUCUCUGGUCCAGCAAUGCAGACCCAGUUUUACACGCUCCCUGCCCAUCUUGAUAGACGGUUGAUCACCAAAUGGUCAUGAUGUGGUGAUAUCAUUUUCUCUAGCGAUGGAUUCAGCUGUUGUAUCUGUAAUGCUUGUUCUAGUCUUGCUGUCUUACUGGAAUGAGCUUGUACACCUGCAUACCAGCCAGUUGUCUUACUUCUAAGUGUUACUCUCUAUUGGUCUCUACUGUCUGUACCACCAAGUCAAAGCUGUAUAUCAAAGAUAUUACCAUGUGGGCAGCAAUGAGAUGGCAAUCCUUGGACUCCAGACCUGCUGUCUGCCCUAAAGACUUGCAUAUUUCUGUCUGCAUCCUUUUUUUGGAAGUAUUGUGUAUAUUUCUAUUUGUUGUUGAACGUAUCUAAAGAACAAAGCACUCCAGUAAAACUCCUCCUGUUGUAUGAUAUACAUUCUAUAUUUCUGUAAUUCUUUUUUGAGCCUCAGGGAGAAGCUAGCAUUUUUUUCAAACUACAUUUUUGUCACUGUGACAGUUGUAAAUAAAGUUUGAAAAUGCUUUCCAAA